GCAAGGGGUUCAGCGCGGUUGCAUUACGUUGCUGAACCACGCCGAACGUGUUUGGGAGCACAAUACAAAACCCACUCCGCAACAACCCGGGUCAAAUAUCUCCGCGCACAAUAUAUCCACGAGUCCCCGCUCAUCCACCUUCAAUCUGUUUGCAUUUCCGUCGCUUCUCUGUCGGUCGUUUUGACACCACAGUCCGUCGUUUCCUGCAGCCUUCUGCCUUCCUUUCCGCGGAGUCUGGUGUUAGUUGGUGGUACCCCAUGUUUUUUGCUGGAACCACGAAUCAUAGGAAAUACCGGCAUACGGAUUGACAUGGGGCACAUCAUCAUGUCUGCGGCCGCCGAUCAAGGCUCGUUGUUGAACCGUGUUAGCAUGGCACAAUAUACCAUAGCCGUUGUCUUCGUUCUACUUCGUUUCUUCACGCGAGGCUUCAUUGUUAAGAAAUUCGGACUUGAUGACCUCUUCAUCUUGAGUGCUAUUACCUUGGGCUUGGGUCAGACAAUCACCAUCAUAUUACAAGUCGAACACGGAAGAGGGCGCCAUUCGUCCGAGCUCCAUGAAGAAGACUUUGACCUCAUGCUGAUGUACAAGUGGAUUAACAUGCUGAUCUACCUCGUAGCGAACUGGGCAGUGAAGAUGUCCAUCCUCGCACUCUACCACCGUAUCGGCUCUGGAAAGCGGGGUCUGCCCUUAAUCGUACAGUCUCGUGCCAUCUGGGCAACAGCAGCCUUCAUCUCCGCAUUCACGCUCGCUGUCAUACUCGUCCAAAUUUUCUCCUGUCUCCCCAUCACCGCAGCUUGGGACGUCGAGCAGAUCCCCAUCAUGUGCAUCGACAGCGCGACUUUCAUGCACGCCCAAGGCGCCAUCAACGUCUUCACUGACGUAGUCCUCCUCCUCUACCCAUUACCAUUGCUUCCGCUGUUGAAGUUCAACAAGCGGCAGAGGACUGCUCUGAUAGUUAUCUUUUCGAUCGGCCUCAUCCCCGUGGUUGCGAGCACCAUGCGCCUCUGCGAGAUUGUCAUGAGCGGCAACGCGAUCCAAAAAGGCAUGGCAUGGCAGCAAGCAGAUUCGAGCUGGACAUGGGCAUGGGUACCCGUAUGGUCGCAAAUCGAAGUCGACAUCGGUAUCCUCACCGCCUGUCUCCCUUGCUUGUCUCCUCUGUUAAGACUCGUGUGGAGCGAGGUUAGCGUGCCGAAGAUUAUGACGCCGAGUAUGGUCGAAUUGCCGAAAUACAGUGGGAGUUGGGGGAGCAUGGACAGCGAUGGGAGUGUGGAGAAGGAGAAGGAUGGGAUGGGGGGCUCCCUGGCAGGGGACAAAGGAGAGGUGAAGGAGGUGGUGAGGGAGAAGAAAUUGCCUGCGCUCCCGGAUGAUGCGAGGAAAUCGGGCGCCGUGAAAGUCUCGAGCUACUACGACGACGCCAGCGAUGAAGAAGAAGCCCGAAAUGCGAGAAAUGGUGGCGUGGCAAGGCCGAGUGGUAAGAGGAUAGAGUAUAGUAGGAAAAUGUCAUGA